CCUCCUGGGAUCUUGGGAACCCUGUCUGGGAGCCCCGCCCAUGGCCCCGCCCCUCCCCAGUAGGGAAAAGGCAGCAGCCAGUCCCUCAGCUCACAGACACUGGGACCUGGCCCAGAGGACAAGAGGACUCCUUGCUACCAUCACCACUUCAGCCUCUGCCACCCCUGCCAGGCUGGGCCAUGGACCCCCACAACAUGAUGGUCAAGAACCCAUAUGCCCACAUCAGCAUCCCGCGGGCUCACCUGAGGCCUGACCUGGGGCAGCAGCUGGAGGCGGCUCCAUUCUCCUCAGAGUCGCAGCCUGUGCCUCUGGGGCCCUGCACCCUGGAACCCGCCAAGGAGGCCCCAGGGUCCAAGGGGGCCAAUUCCAUCCAGGGCCAGCAGGCCUGGCAGCCACCCGGCAACCCCUGCAGCAGUGGGCAGCGCCCGGCAGGACUGACAUAUGCGGGCCUGCCGCCAGUUGGGCACGGCGACGACAUCGCUCACCACUGCUGCUGCUGUCCCUGCUGCUCCUGCUGCCACUGCCCCCGCUUCUGCCGCUGCCACAGCUGCUGCUGCGUCAUCUCCUAGCCUGGCCCCCGCCAGGCCGUCGGGCCUGCUGCUGGACCGCUGGCACAGCAGCCGGGCCGGCCUCUGCUCAGGCGACCACAGCGGUGCCCAGACUGUUGGGACAGCCACUGGACUGUUGUCAUGGGCAUUGGCCAGCCCCCACCCUGGCCAGGGGCACCUACUUGCCAAGAAGGCUAAUAUCUCAGCUCAUGCCCCCCAAAACAGAGCCCUGAGUGCCGGCUGCAGUGGCAGCCCUGGGGACACUCUUGACCACCCCUUCAAGGCCCAGGGCCCAGGCAAUAAAGCAGAGUGAGCUUUG